AUGUCUCCCCUUCCCCCUCAAGAUCGAUCAGGCUUCGAGGUUGCCAUUAUUUGCGCCUUACCCCUUGAAGCAAAUCUCGUCCAGAGUACUUUUGAUAUCUUUUGGGAGGAUGAGGGCUAUAACUAUGCCAAGGCUCCUGGUGACCCGAAUAUCUACACCCCAGGAGUGAUUAGUGGUCACAAUGUUGUUCUCGCCCGCCUACCGAACAUGGGCAAGGUCGAUGCCGCGAGUGUGGCUGCCAGCAUGAGGAUCAGUUUUGCCGGCGUCAAGCUUGCUCUGCUGGUCGGCAUUUGUGGGGCUGUACCUCGUCGACCGGACAGCAACGAAGACAUUUUUCUCGGCGAUGUCAUUCUGAGCCAGACAAUCAUCCAGUACGAUUUCCGGAAGCAGUACCCAAUGUCGGAGAAGAGGAUUUCAACGGUCGAAGAUAGCCACGGAAGGCCAAGUCAAGAAAUUCGAUCAAUCCUGGCCAGGAUGAGAGAAAGCCGCUAUCGUAAGAAGACGGAGGCCAAUAUUAACACAUAUCUCACAGAACUACAGCGCACAGUCAAAGACACCAUUAGCCCGGGUCCAGGCCUCGACCUUCUUUAUGAAGCGUCACGCCUCCACAAGCAUCACAAUCUCACCACGAGUAAUCUCUGCGUUGUGUGCGCAGAGGAUGAACAAUCUAGGUGCCCAGAGUCCAUUUUGCUGAACUGCGAUGAACUUGGGUGCAAGCAGAUGGGCGUUGCCGUCCGAAAGCGACAGGAGGGCCCGUCGAACACACAGAGCGCAGUCAGUAUACACAUUGGCAGAAUAGGUUCUGCCGACGUUGUGAUGAAAUCCGGCUGGGAUCGAGACCGAAUUGCUCAGGAGGACAAUAUCAUUGGAUUUGAGAUGGAAGGCGCGGGUGUGUGGGACCACUUCCCCAGCGUCGUCAUCAAGGGUGUCUGUGAUUACGCUGACAGUCACAAGAACAAGCGAUGGCAAUGUUACGCGGCUGCGGCUGCGGCGGCUUGUGCGAGGUCGUUCUUGCAGGAAUGGAAUGCUGAGAUCGUAACGCCCGCAACUCCCGCUCAAGAUUAUUCAAUACCACCCCAGUGGUACGUCCCUUUCCUCCAGUCUCAACUCCAGAGUUUCAUUGGUCGGAAAAACGAGAUCGAGAAACUCGAAGCGAAACUCUUUGGGUCGGACAGCGCCAAAGUAGUAGCAGCACUUGGCCUUGGUGGAGUCGGUAAGAGCCGAAUUGCGCUUGAUUUAGCCUAUCGAACAAAGGUCCAGCGUCCGAGGCAUUCAGUCUUUUGGGUUGAAGCAACAAACAACUUGACCUUUGAAAGGGAUUAUUUCGCAAUUGGCAAGCUACUCAAAAUUCCUGGGAUCGACGAAAACCAAGCCGACAUCAAACUUGUUGUCAAGCGAUACCUUAGCCUGCCAAUCGCCGGAAAAUGGUUCUUGAUCAUAGAUAAUGCAGACGACGAGGACAAUUGGGGCGUUUCUGCCAGUGAAAGUGAAGAGCAGAUGAAUCUUGGUGAUUAUUUACCAGAAAGUCCUUCAGGUCCAAUUCUUGUCACCACACGGAGUCGACAUAUCGCAAGUACCUUGGCAGGGAGAAAUGUAGUUGAGCUGCAGGAAAUGAGCAUCAACGAGGCCGAAGCAACCUUCCGAAGCUUACUUGAGAAACCAGAAAUCCUUGUUAACUCUCAGGAAACACAAGAACUGCUGCAGAGGUUGACUUUCCUACCUCUGGCAAUCGUCCAGGCGGCAUCCUAUCUCAAUAAAAACGAUGAGUCAAUCUCAGUUUAUUUGGAGCUACUGAAACAACCAGAAGAUAACGUUGUUGAUCUCUUGAGCGAAGAUUUUGUGGAUAAAGGUCGGUACAAGGGCGCAAAGAAUCCAGUGGCGACGACAUGGCUUAUUUCAUUCAAUAACAUCCGAGCGAGGAAUCCGCUCGCUGCAGAAUACUUAUCAUUCAUGUCCUGUUUAAAUGAACAGAAUAUUCCCCAAUCGCUCCUGCCUCUUGCCCCGUCAGUAAAAGACAUGGUCGACGCAAUCGGAAUUCUAAGAGGAUAUUCUUUUCUAAGAAAGACGGAUGACAGGAGCUCCUUCGGAGCCUUGUACAACAUGCACCGCCUAGUGCGUCUUGCGACCCGCAAUUGGCUGAGGCACGAAGACCUACUCGGCAGUUGGACGGCCAAUGCGAUCCGGCGGGUUGCGCAGAUCUUCCCAAACUACGACGCCCUGAGGCCGGACAUUGUGCAUGAGCAAUGGAGCCUGUAUAUGCCGCAUGCGCAGACAUUAACCGGAUCAGGACUCGUCGAUGACCUCGAGGAAAGAUACGAUCUACUUGCAAAGACAAGCGUUUGUCUCCUUGAGAGUGGCAAGUAUGGCGAGGCUGCGGAGAUCCACCUUUUGAUCGUCCGCCGGAUGGAAUGCAAGUCUACUACCGGGACCGUGAAGAAGGCCACGGCUUAUCACGACUUUGCCGACGCAUUGAACGAGAUCAGCCAGUGGACCGAGGCCGAGAAAUACCUGCGCCAAGCGUUGGAGUGGCGUCAAGAAAUGCUGGGUGUCGACCACGUUGACACACUUCGCAGCAUGACCCUGCUCGUUGAGAUACUGAACGAGCUAGACAGAGUACAAGCGGCUUUUACCCUGGGGCAGGAAGUAGUUAGUCGAAGUCAAAAAGUCCUAGGACAAAACCACCCAUACACACUCGAAGCAAUGGGGCAUCAUGCUAUGUCACUAUCCCUACAGGGCAAGCAUGAAGAGGGAUCAAGCAUAUACGCCGAGGUGUUAGAGAGACAGCAGAAACUCCUCGGCCGAGAACAUCGGGACACGUUAUCAGCCAUGAACAACCUCUCCCUCGUCCUAGCCCGGCAAGGAAAACACCACGCCGCAGAGACACUGGAAGCCGAAGUUCUCGAGACCAGAAAGCGGAUCUUCGGCCUGGAACAUCCAAGCACUUUGCUCUCAAUGCACAACCUGGCCAUCACACUACACCGCCAAGGCCGUAACCAAGAGGCAAUCGCUUUGAUGAGGGAGUGCGUGCACCUGCGGGAGACCACGCUAGGCGUCGAGCACGAGUACACGAAAGUCUCGAAGGAAGGCUUGCGGCGAUGGCAAGAGGCCGAGCAGCAGGAGGAAGAGGAGGACAAGAAGAAGAAGCAGGCCCAUCCACAAUCUGGUAGCUUACAAUCUCCUGGACUGCUCGCCACGACGUUUCCAACUCCAACAGCAGCUCACGCAGCCAAGCGAGGAGACGAGGCCAGGUCGAGUUCUGUAUCUGUAUCCAACGAACCAGAACAUGCCCGACUCCACCAGCAAGCGUCAACUCAACGAUCGACCAAGAGUGGUUUCCUAGGCAAACUGGCCCUUCGUCUUCGGACCUAG